UUUGAUUCAUUUGUCUUUUCCAAAUCGAGUUUCCUAAACGUAUGCUAGUCGUGAGGCGUAAAAUUAUUUCAAGGUUCCUAAGAAUUUCCCGUAAAUUUUUUCCGUCACUCUCUCUUUUUUGUUUUUUUUUUUUCUUUUUAAUUUCCUAAACCCUAUUUCACGUUCGGCAACCUCCUCCCUCCCGUUUCCAGCCACUGGACCACGUCCCGCCGUCUCAGCGGCUGCCGCCGCACGCUGCAUCUCAGCCUUCCGACGAACUCACACUCCAUCCAUCUCGCAAUCACUCGCAUCUCGGAGCAAUCCGGAGUUACUUGACUUGUUUUUUUUCCUUCUCAGAAGCAGAGUGGUUCAGCCAAUAUCCAUUGUUGAGAUUACGCCGCUGCCGUUCAUUUUUCAGAUCCCAAGGCAGGGCUUCGCAGGCAUGUGAAAUAUAGAAAGGGAAAGAAAAAGAGCUGAAAAGCAACAAGAAUGGUGAUCUCCAGCAGUAAUUCUAAUAGUAAGGAAAUCACUAUCAGGAAGAGGAUUGCUAGCAUAUUCAACAAGAGAGAAGAUGAUUUCCCAUCCCUGAGAGAGUACAAUGAUUAUCUGGAAGAAGUGGAGGACAUGACUUUUAACUUGAUCGAAGGCAUUGAUGUUCAAGCUAUUGAAGCAAAAAUUGCUAGGUAUCAAGAAGAAAAUGCUGAACAAAUCAUGAUCAAUCGUGCUCGCAAGGCUGAAGAAUAUGCUGCAGCCCUUGCAGCAAGCAAGGGAAUUCCUGCACAGGCAGAUAAUGAUGGGGCUGCAGAUCAAAGUUUCCAAGCAGGAUUAAAUACAGGAACACAAGGUCAGUACGCACCUACAUUUGCUGGAGGGCAGCCACGACCUACAGGCCAACCAGUGCCCCUCGGUGGUGGUCCUGACAUGCAGGGCUAUGGGCUUGACGAUGAGGAAAUGUUGAGGCUCAGGGCGGAGAGAGGCGGAAGGGCUGGCGGAUGGAGUGUAGAGUUCAGCAGAAAGCGUGCACUUGAAGAAGCUUUUGGAAGUAUUUGGAUAUGCUAAGUUUUUGCUGAUCUUUCAAAUGUCUCAUCUUCUUACAACGCAAUCUUAUUUUCUCACGAGAAUAUGUUUCGCUUGAGUUUGAAUAUGUUUAGCUUGAGUUUGAGUAGUAGAGAUUAAUUAUGCAGAUUUAUGCCACGUUCGAGAGUGAUUCUAAAUUUAAU